AAAGAGUCAGUAUACUCCGCAAAAGUAACUAGUUAGCUUUGGCUCCAAUUGUAUCGUGAAUGAAACCUUGGACGACCAGGUAAGGAGAACCAGCAUUAAGAGAAAGAGCCAGACUUAGCUCAGAAUGGAGACAAAACUCCAUACUAGAGAACUUCAAGUGGAACCUACCCCAGAACAUUGCAAGGAUCCUCAGACAGCAAGUCACACAGAGGACCACCUGCUUCAGCUGCUUGAGGACAUCUCCCAGAGUAUUCAGCAUCACUUGGAUGGGGAAACCACAAAAGGGGGACAGAAGGGACAGCUUCCCCAGGGCAAGGAGCUCCUCCUGGGUCAGGUAAUCACUGCUGAGUCCCUGCUGACACUGCUGGAGCUCCUGAGGGGGCUGGGAGACGUGCACACUGAGAGAAUCCGAGCCUGGAGACAUGCAGCGAGCACCACAGCACAGCUUUGCUCACAGUGGCAACAGGCAGGUAAUGGGAGGCAGUAUACUCCACUGACAGAUGUUCCAGUUGAUGACAAACCUCCUCGUCACUUGAUAACUGAAACCAUCAAUAGUGUUUUGGGGGAUAUUCAAUGUAUAGAGUCCAGACUAAGUGAAAUGGCACAGAAACUUAGCCGAGCCAUCAGUACCCUCUCUGAGGAGAAGUACACAUGCACUGAUAUGGAUAAACAAGAGGAGAGGAGACGAGCAUCUGUGGAUACACAUUCUGCUACACAUGAUCAAGGGACACACGCACAUACGGAGCAACAUAAGGUGGACACAUUUAGGGAUAGCACAACCAUAUCAAUGGACCUUUGCCAAUCAGAUCCAGACAACACAGAAACCAGUCACAGUGCUCAAAAUGUUACGGCUGACCUACAAGAUGAAGAGAGCCUCCACAGCACAGCACACUCUGAAGAUGACAUGUCGCCUUUGGGGGCUGGGUGUCACUCAUCACACAGCACUGACGUCCAGCAGGACUCAGGGUCAACAGGCCGACGGCCUCCUGGAACCGGUGAGGACCACGUGGGGUGCGUAUCCCCCACAAACAGAGACAGUGCUGCUGGGGGUCAACGCAGGCAGAUGUGUGGGUCAUCUGGGAGGACGCCACUGAGUGAAGGACAAGAAGAUGAAGAGGGUCUGAGGGAGGGGAAGGCAGGGCAGAGGGAUGCUCAGUUGGAGGAGGAAAAUCAAGGAGUGAGGCAUGGCUGGGUGACGAAAGGACUGACAGGAAAGCCUGAAUCGCACGCAUCAGACAUGCCCACCCUCUGCUACAUCACGGCCCCUCUGGGGGUGGCGAAGGUCAUGACUUGUGACCUUGUGAAUGGCCUGAGUUCACUGAUGGUGUCAGAUCUGGAGGAGCUAGUCAGCAGCGUCCUCAGGCUGAAGCUGCCGAACAACACCAAGUGCUCCUUUCCCAUCACCGUGGCGAUUCCAUUCAGAUCCUGCUACCGCAGCAACUAUCGUGACAUCAUAGUGAAAUUUGUUGACCAGGCAUCAAGGGUCAGCUAUGUGAACCCUGUGUCCGUGGAGGGCAACUACGAAGGACAGAAGGGUUCGUAUGCAGAGGUGCGCGUGUACACUCUGGGUGUGUUUGCAGUGGUGUCCUGCUUGAGGAAGGAGAGCUACACCAUCCCCAAGAAAGGUCUCUCCCUAAAGCUGAGCAUAGACCCCAGAAUCUGCCUGGACUACCUCCCAGGAUCCUUCACUUCUCCCGUGAUCGCUCAAGCUGUGAUCCAGCCGGUGGAGCCCAGCCUGCUGUCUGCUUUGAAGUCCAAUAAGGACGUGUACCGGGCCGUCCUGUCCACCAGCCCUCUCCUCUACCUCAGCCACCCUAGCAGCCAGCCCCCCCGCAGGCCCCUGGUCCUCACGCUGCCCUGCCCCUCCAACCCUGAAAGGCGAAGGCCAGGGGAGGACGGAGAGUCUGGUCCACCCCGGCCGACCAGUGCUGUUUACAUCCAGGACUCUCCGCUCCAGCAGAGAAUCCGGGCUAUGAGUGAUUCGGUAAAAACAUCCAGAGAGUUUGCCAAGGAACAGUUGAUUCUGUUGGGCUGGAAGGAGGAACAGUGGAACGUUCUAGAUGAUGUCUCCAUCAGGAACCUGCAGAACGGCCUGGUUUCCUUUGAACUGAUGGAGCACUUUGAGAGGCUAAUAGUGUUGCGUCUGCAGUUCCCUACUAGAUCCUCCAAUCUGUCUGCCAUGGUGGAGGAGAUUGAGGAUUGUGUGCGCCGCGUCAUGGUAACCAUUGUUCUCCGGCGUCAGAGGCAGGACCCCCACAGCGUGGUGGUGGCAGCCCUGCCCAGCAGAGACCUGGGCUGGGAGCUGGCCAAACUCCAGGGCCAGGCCUAUUGCGGCCCGCCCGAUCCCUCAGGGGAGAUCGCCAUGAGCGAGGGAGACCAGCUACUGCUGAGCUUCAGUGGGAACAUCACAGCUGAUCGAGGAUCAACGUCUCCAAAGACCAUCACCUUUCACCACCAACGGAAGAGCUUCGAAUAUCUCAAACUGACCGUAGUGGACCCAUUUGGGAAUUACAGCUCUCCACACUACAAAGGCUUAGCUGUCUUUCACCGGAUCCCAAGAACCCAGCUGGUCUGGAUGGAUAACACAGCUGUUCUUUCACCAGAGCACCCUCUAGUGGAGCCUGUGUGUAAACUCUCUCUCACUCUACCCAAGAAACUGAGAAUAACCAGUCGGCUAGCAAGUGCAAAAGUGAUGCCACACACACAUUAUGACUCUCUCUCAGACGAGCUGCUAGCGUGGCUGUGUGAGGAGCUGUGUGAGGAGGAGGCGGCGCUGCUGCUGCUGGCGCUGCGGGUGAAGCGAAGUGCGGUGCAGCUGGCCCGUCUCAGGGCGCCCGCCGACAGCCUGCCCCAGCAGGCCUUCCACGUGCUGGGGCUGUGGCGCAGGAGCCUCCCCUCACACACGCCCAAGGCCCCUCUGCUGGCCCGCUGCCUGGUGCGCGCCGGCCGGCCCGACUUGGCCAAGGAGCUGCUGCUCAGGGAGGGGGGAGGAGCGGAGGGGUAG